AUGGCUGAAUUCGUGCGCGCCCAAAUCUUUGGGACGACCUUCGAGAUCACAUCGAGGUACUCGGACCUGCAGCCUGUGGGCAUGGGCGCCUUCGGUCUGGUUUGCUCCGCCAGAGACCAGCUCACCAACCAAAAUGUUGCCAUCAAGAAGAUCAUGAAGCCCUUCAGCACCCCCGUCCUGGCCAAGAGGACCUACCGUGAGCUGAAACUGCUCAAGCACCUCCGGCACGAGAACGUCAUUUCUCUCAGCGAUAUCUUCAUCUCUCCCCUCGAAGACAUCUACUUCGUCACCGAGCUUCUGGGGACUGACCUGCACCGGCUGUUGACCUCCAGGCCCCUCGAGAAGCAGUUCAUCCAGUAUUUCUUGUACCAGAUCAUGCGAGGUCUGAAAUACGUGCACUCUGCUGGCGUGGUGCACCGGGACCUUAAACCUAGCAACAUUCUCGUCAACGAGAACUGUGAUCUCAAGAUUUGCGACUUCGGCUUGGCCCGUAUUCAAGACCCCCAGAUGACGGGUUACGUAUCGACAAGAUACUACCGCGCACCCGAGAUCAUGCUCACAUGGCAAAAAUACGAUGUCGAGGUCGAUAUCUGGAGCGCAGGCUGCAUCUUCGCGGAAAUGCUCGAGGGCAAACCACUCUUCCCUGGAAAGGACCACGUCAACCAGUUUUCCAUCAUCACAGAGCUUCUUGGAACACCACCCGACGAUGUCAUCAACACAAUUGCUAGCGAAAACACCCUGAGAUUCGUCAAAUCCCUGCCCAAGCGGGAGCGUCAACCUCUGGCAACAAAGUUUAAGAACGCCGACGAGUCUGCUGUCGACCUCCUGGAGCGCAUGCUUGUCUUCGACCCCAAGAAGCGAAUAACAGCUGCGGAUGCUCUGGCACAUGAGUACCUGGCUCCCUACCACGACCCAACCGACGAGCCUGUGGCCGAGGAGAAGUUCGACUGGAGUUUCAACGAUGCUGACCUGCCUGUGGACACGUGGAAGAUCAUGAUGUACUCCGAGAUCCUCGACUACCACAACGUGGAAGCCAGCGGCGUUGCAGCGAUGGAGGGAGAAUUUCACGGUCCGCAGUGA